GUCCGCAGUCCGGCUCGGCAUUCGAACAUGGCAGACAAGACAAAGGUUGCAGAACAAUAUUACGCCCCGCCGCCGGAUCUAGGCAAAUGGGAGUCGUUCAGGAUUUUCCUGUGGAACAGCGAGACUGGACAGUUCCUUGGCCGCACGGGAUCGAGUUGGGCUAAAAUCUUGCUGUUCUACCUGAUCUUCUAUGCAAUCCUCGUGGGUUUCUUCGCCGCCAUGCUGGCGAUCUUCUACCAGACGCUGGACUCCAAGAUGCCCAAAUGGCAGCUUGAUGGCUCACUCAUCGGAUCCAACCCAGGUUUGGGUUUCCGGCCUAUGCCUGACAGUGCCAACGUGGAGAGCACCCUGAUCUACUACAAGGCCAACGACAAGGGCUCAGUGCUGAAGUGGGCACAGAUCAUUGACGACUACUUGGAGCAGUACCGCAAGAAGGGCAGUGGUGUUGGUGAGGCGAGUGGCGCAGAGUACCGGGUUCCUUGCUCAUUCACGACCGGUGCCACUGGAGAGAAGCAGGUCUGCGAUGUGCCUGUCGAUGACUUCCACCCCUGCACCUCCGCCAACCAGUACAACUAUGAAGAAGCUGGACCUUGUGUUUUCCUCAAACUGAAUAAGAUCUUCAACUGGGUGCCCAAGCCAUACAACAACACCGAGGACCUGCCCUCUAACAUGCCAGAUGACCUGAAACAGCACAUCAAGAUGGUGUCUGGCAAGCCCGAUGCGAACACGGUGUGGGUGUCGUGCGAGGGCGAGAACCCUGCUGACGUGGAGAACAUUGGGCCCGUGCAGUACAUCCCCCGCAGGGGCUUCCCCGCCUACUACUACCCCUUCACCAACAAGGAGGGCUACCUCAGCCCCCUCGUCGCUGUACUUUUCGAAAAGCCCAGGACCGGUGUCCUGAUCAAUAUAGAGUGCAAGGCGUGGGCCAAGAACAUCUUUUACGACCGCUACGAGCGGCGCGGCUCCGUACACUUCGAGCUGAUGGUGGACCGCGCCUAAGCACGCCAGUCGCUGCCAGUUGGCCACAGAGCGAAGCCUCCACCGUACAGAAUUCCCGACCGGGCCCUUUGAGUAGCACUUAUGUUUGAACAUGCUCAUACGCCGGAGCUAUACCACAACACGCAGCCAGACGAGUCUAGGCAGCUCAGAGCCAGGAGUCUAGCAGUAUUGAAGUAGCGUGCUCCACUUGUAGGCCAAACGUUGGCGGUACUAGCUCCCGCUAUCCUGUAAAUACUCACGCGUUCUGUGCGGUGAAGGCCCACCCGCCAAUUGGUCGCCGAGGUCACCAACUGAUCGCCUAUCGGCCAAGGUCAUCGAACCCCAAUUGGCCAAGUUCAUCAACUUACUGCCAAAGAUCGAUAGUUGAUCACUAGUCAUGCUAAUUGGUGGUUGCCGGUCCCGACCGGCUGUUAGUUGUUAUAAGUGUUGUAAGGUCAUGGUUACCAGUUAGUCGCCAAGGUCGCCAAUUGUUCGCUACGGCUGCCAAGGUCGUCACGGAGGUCAUGCCAGGCCGGCUGCCAAGCGCCAUUAGCAAUAGCCACAUAGUCGGCGAUUAAUUUGUAUUCGUUUUAGAAUAAGCCAGAGGGCGCCACUAAUUUAACUUUUGUUUGUCACGCUUCAAAUAAAGUUAAUGAAAUUUAAAAUUUAUUAAAUAUUUAUGAAUUAUGUAAUGUUUUCUGGACGGACAGUCAAUAAACACGC